UGACUACUAAAGUAUGACAGUCCGUGGGCUGUAGUAGCAAGAGACCGGAUGUCAAUUUCCAAUUUCGAGCUAUGGGGUGCGUGGAACUGCGAUGCCAGUCGGAGGCGAGACCCUGUCAGUACUUAGCCUCAGAUGCCGCAAUUGACGGCAACAACGACCACAGUCAACCCUAGUAAGUAGGGCGCAGUCCUUUGAGCGGUCACCGGGUAUCACUUUGGGACCGGUCGUAGGUGCCCGAACAUGUCCGAAAGUGGAAGUGGCGCCUCCCGCCUCCCGACGUGAGAGUGAUGCGCGGUGGCUAUGCACGCCGUCUGAAAAGUUCACCUGGGGUCGUAUGGAUCCAUUGCUCGACCCUCUUCUGAUACGCCAAGGGCUCACGAUCUGAACAACUAUGUCAACGGCACACGAUGCCAAACCGUUCCCCCCAGUCGAACGCCAGCUGAUCGUGUUCGAUUUCGACUGGUCUCUCGCGGACCAAGACUCAGACCGCUGGGUCCUCGAGGUCCUCGCGCCCAAGCUGCGCAAGAAGAUGAAGGACCUCAAGAAGGACGUCCAGUGGACCGACCUCGUUGCGAUGACCCUCAAAGACCUCCAUGAACUCGGGGGCACCAGGGAGCAGAUCGAGGAGGCUCUUCGCAUCAUGCCUUUCCACCCUGCUAUGGUCCGCGGCGUCUCGGCGCUGAAGUCAAGGGGCAAGACAUCGUUCUUUUGCCUCUCGAACGCGAACAUCAUCUACAUCACCACCAUCCUGAAGUCCAAAGGUCUCGACAAUCUGUUUGACGAGAUCGUGACCAACCCCGCGGAAUGGGACGAGUCCGGCCUGCUCAAGCUGCGCCGCAGGAUCGACCCCUCCGGGCCUCAGCACAAGUGCCAAGUCGGGUGCAGCCCCAACAUGUGCAAAGGUGAUGAGCUGGAAGCAUUCCUGGAAAGGCACCGGCCUGAUUUCGAUCGCGUCAUCUAUGUCGGCGACGGGUCUAACGACUUCUGCCCCGUCCUGCGCUUGCGCAAACAAGACGCUGUAUUCUGUCGUCGCUACCGCGGGCUGCACGACCUCAUCGAGCCCUACGAGAAAGAGGGCCGCCUUCAACCUAGAGUGGAGUACUGGACGGGGGCUUGGGAGGUUGAGGCGCUACUCGACCAGCUGUGAAGCGUAUAAUGAAAAGGAAACGUGUGAUGACCACACACAAUAUAAGCAAAUCGAAGUAGAUCGAUGCAUUGUGGCCGAGUUAUAUUGGUGUUCUUGUGUAUUAUUCAUAUCACG